AUUUUGAAGGUCUUUCCCAGAAGUAGUAUGGAACCUGUCACUGAUAGCAUAACAGCAAAGCUAACUAGCUAGCCAACAGAAGUGCCUGCCUACUGCUGGUAAAAACAACACCGUCCUGCGUCGGUGGCACACUUGACAUCAUUAUGGCUGUGCUGUGGUGUAAAUUCUGACAACUAACGCUACGAUGAUGAACGACAUCAUAGAGGAACCAGAGAAGGACACCUUGCUGGAAUCGCAGCCGGAGCCUCAAGCUUUGUCGGGGCCCAGUAAUGGCACAAGACCUAAAACCGCCGAUGGAGGGAUCAGGCCUGUUGAGAAAAGAGGACCUUACAUCAUGUCCAGAGUUCCAGCAAUCCACCUCAAACUACAGAAACACCGGGAAAUGGCGAGGAAAGCACUGAAGAAGAAAGCCCUUUCACCGGGACCUCCAGUGAUGCAUCAGCCAAGACAAGGAGCUAAGAGGACGUCGAAGUAUAACAAGGGCUAUGCCGCAUUGAGUCAGCACGCUGAGGACCCUUUGGUUGCACUACACUCUGACAGUGAUGAAGAGAUCGAUUUUGAGCAGUAUUCCUCUGGAUAUUCUUCAGCUGAGGUCCAUCCUGAUUUAAGCAGACAGCUGCUCCAGGAUGGCUACCGUCUGGAUGAGAUCCCCGAUGACGAGGACCUGGACCUGAUUCCGCCCAAAGCUAUGGGCUCCUCUGUGUGCUGCUGCCCCGAGGGCCCGUCCUGCUCCAUGCAGUGAUGCCAGUGCUGGGACUCUGACCUUUUCAAAGGCUUGGCACCAGUUCCUGUCUCUGACUUUAGUCCCUGGUGCCUGAGGCCCUCUUUCUGAACCAGCUCCACUGCUGUGCUGCCUGAGGACGUCCAGCUCAGAAGCCAAACUUCUGUUAAUGCUGGACUACAUGCACCAGGAUCGAUGAACCCACAUGAAAACGCAAACGGACAUAAGAAGCCUUAUUCACUGUGACCCAAAGCUUGACCUAUUUUUUAAUUUUUCUUAUUCUUUUUAUAGAACUUGAUAAAAUGCUAACUAUGCCACUGCUCUAGAUAGAGUGGCAGAGUCAACCAUAUUUUGGGAUAAUUUGUUAUUGACCCAAUAGGGAGAUACUGUCUUUUCUGCUCUGGUGAUCAGGUCUGCUGCCCUCGAAAGCACAACAUGCAUACAUAUUGUGUUUUAAUGUUCCGGCCCUUGGUGAAUUUGAAACUUCCAGUUAUUAACUAACUGCUACGUGAAGGCAACUCAUUUAGUCAGUGACUAUGGUUGCGUGGAUGGUUUUUGUUUCUUUACUGUAUCUGUCCUCAAACAUUUCAUGAGACUUUUUAAUUCCAAAGUGAGAUGGCCACCACUUUGGGAAAUAAAUGACACCAACUAAAUUACAUUUUACAGGUCAUUGAGCAAACUGCUACAUACCAAGGACUCACUCAUCCUCUGCCUGUAGAAGAUAUACUGUAGAGAAAAGCAUGAGGAAAAGUCCUACAAAGUGAUUCACUGUUUUUAAGAUUAAUACCUAUGCUUACAAAGUGUUACACUGCUGUGUAUGGCAAAAAUGUAGAUGCAGAUGAGUUACUUAAGUACUUUGAUAGGGGAACCAAUGACAUUGGAUUUACAAUCUCUGUAUUGUAGAAAUAUAUGUCUCAAUACCCUCCACAAAAAAAAGCUCUUACAAAAAGACUGAAAGCAAAAAAUAUGGUUUUGAUUCACAUACAAGACAUCUUGUCUUCUUAGAGCAUUGGACUAUGUGGACUACUUUUUCUUUUUUUUUUUAAGAAAACAUUUGUGGGUGAUGUUCAAAAAUAGAUUUACAUGACCUUCUUGCCAAGAUGGAUAAGUCGCAUUUUGGAUUAUUACUCUAUCAGGAUCUGAUAUAACUCUUAUAAAGGAUGUUUCAUCUUUAACACAUCAAAGUGUGUGUAGAUGUCAGAUUUGAGUAACUAUUCUAUUUAUUUAUUCAUAUAUUUGUUGGGGACACUAAACAGUAAACAACAUUUGCAUAAGAAAGAGUCAUUUGUCUACACUUAUGUGUUAACCAUAUUAACAUCAAUUUAAUCUAUGUGUUGGUAUAUUUCAUGUUUGUGUUAUGUGUCUGUUGUUGCUUUCUACACAAAAAAUGGCAAUCAUUUUAUCAUUAUUCCACUUUAAAAAACGAAUGUAUUUGUUCACUCAUGUUACAGUUUUCAAAGUUUUAAUUACUUACGGGCCACACUGUUAUUUCUCAUGCUGUGAUGUUUGUUGUUACAAUGCGUAUCUCUCAGUAAUAUACAUGAACGAUAUAGCAGACCACUUGGCCACCAU